AUGUUUUUAGGCAAUUUAAAGUGCUUUGCAUUUUUAGCAUCACUAUUAUUUACCUAAAUUUUUGCAUAGUCUUGCAAUAUUAAUUCAUUAAUUAGUAAUAAAAUUUCAUGCGCUUGUUCUUAGUCAAAUUAUUCUAUAAACAACUAUUCAUAUUCUAGUGCUUUGACAUAUGGAUACAGCAUUGCAGGGUGGAUAAAAACUAACACUCCUUCAGUGAAUGGAAAUAUAGUUUAUGCUGUAUAUACAACUAGUGGAUAGAGAAUAUAUGCCUUACAUUUGUAAAAUUAAUUAUCAAAUAUUCAAGUUCUAUUAUUUGGAUAGUCCACAAAUUCAAUUUAUUAAAAUACAUUUCCUUACGCUGCUUCUUAAUGGGUUUACACAGCAGUAACUAUCUACUAAAACAGUUUCGACCUAUUCAUAAUGCGUCCUUAUAAUCCAACUGAUUUAGUAUCUCUAGCUAACCCAGUAAGUAAUCCUGAUUUUUAGCAGGUGACUGCUGGAUUUACUCUCAAGGCUUGUACUCAUUAAUAUCAGACAUAUUACUCUUUUUGUGGUUACAUGGCAUAUUUUAGUUUACUUACUUUUAAUUUUAAAAAUUUGAGCAGUGAUGAUAAAUUGAGGUUAAUGUAUUCGGGAGGAUUACCUUUAGUAGUUGUUAAAUAUGAUUUAACUAGUUUUAAGACCACAAAUUAUGAGAUAGAUGGUACUUCAACAGGACAUAAUAUUUACUAAAGUUAGUAUUAGCUAUAAACUAAUAAUUAAAAUAUGUUUGACUUGAAGGUUAAUCGCCCUACAGUUCCUCUAAUGCUAAAUCCUAUAUAUCCUUAAGAUGGAGAUAAUUUUCCCUAUCCUGGAUUUACUGUUAGCUUUUGGUGUUACGUCACUUCUAUUGCUAGUUAGUCAAAUAUUUUUGUGUUUUAAAAUGAAAAUGCUUCUAAUAAUUUAUUAUCUGUAAGCUCAUUGAAUGAUGCUGCUAAUGGAUACUUUAAAUUUUGUGUUUAUAACGAAUGCUAUUAAUCAGGUUCUACUAACCCUGCUAACACUUGGAUUCAAUUUACCUUUAGCUUAAGAAAUCAGUAAAUAAAUAGUUUAAGUGAUGGUGCAAUUAUUGAAUAUUAUACUAAUGGAUUAUUCCAGAAAAAAAUUCAAUUUAAUACAAAAUAUACUGAGAAUCCUUAUUAAACAAAUGUAAUAAAUUUCUCUAGUUCAACAUAGAAUUCUGUUUAUUUAAAGUACUUCAUCAUUUAGAGAGGAGUAAUGGUAGAACUUACAGGUUCAUCCUGCAUAGCUUCUACAUAAUGUUUAUUUUCUUUGAUGGGUUAUAGGUGCGUUCUUUGUGCAGCAGGAUAUAGUUUAACUUCUGAUUCUGAUUGCUCUCCUCCAACAAACUGUAAAUCUUCUUAAUUAAAUAAAAUUUAUAUUAAGGAUCCGGUUCUUAAUAUCUGCUAAGAAAAAUGUGAUAAAACAUGCAAAGAUUGUGAUUAAUCUACAAGAGUAUGUUCUACAUGCUUUAAUACUAAUAUUAAUCCUCCUACCUGCUCGUGCCCUGCAAAUAAUAUUUAUAAAGAUGAUGUAAGAGGAUUUUGUUCUACCACUCGUGCUGAUGAACACUCGCAAAUAAGAGUGAAUUCUGAAACAACUUUUGCUAAUGCAGGAUAAGUUACAAAGAUAGUUACUCUUUUAAAAAAUUAGUAUAAUAUUUUGAAUAUCAUAGCACUAACCUAGUUAAGUAUUAACAAAAAUUCUAACUCAUAAAACGAUAUCUAAUUCUAUGUCUCACCUUAAAGUGAUAGUUCAUCUGUAAGUUCUUCACCCUUCAUACAUUUUAAAAAUGCUAAUAUUAUGAUAAAUAACUUAGUAUAUUCUUACAUCAUUAACUAAGUAGGACAGUAAGGAAUAACAGUAAAAAACAUAGUAAUCAGCAUUCCAUAAACUAAUUCUUUAAGGAUAAGUGGCAGUGGUUCCUAUGUAUAAUCUUAUGCGCAUUAAAUAAGAGAUUAUACUCCUUAUGUUUCAAUAUUCUUAACAGGAUACGGUUUAGUGAAAGGGAAUUUAGUGGAUAUUCAAAUUUAGUACUCGACUGUUACAAGAGAAGAUAUGAUUAUUACUAUUUAAUCAUAAGGAGACUCUCCUAUCUAUUAAGUUAAUCUUUGUAUUGUUUUCUCGAGAUUUAUGACAACUGAGUAAUAAGUCUAAAUUCCUAGUUAUAUUUCAACUUAUCCAACUGAUUUUUAAGGAGCAAGAUCAGUGCAAUCAGAUUUUACUGUUUCAUAAUAGCAGCAAUAUUAUGUACCUUUUAUAUAUGGACUGAAUUCUAUUUCUUACACUGCUACUUAAGAUAUGAAUUUUGCGCUGACAAUUUCUAAAAGUACAUAAACAACAUAUAAUUACUAUUUAGAGGUUUCAUCUAACACAUAAAUUAAAAGUCUUAAAUUUACUUUGCUUCGUUUUUAGCCAAUAGCUACUGUAGAUAAUACAACCACAGAGUGUUUUACAUCUUGUACAGAAUGUUCUGUAUCUUCAAAUACUUGUACAACAUGCUCAGAUGCUAACCGAGUACCACCUUUAUGUAGUUGUGCUUAAUCUUAUUUUACAAAAAUUGAUGGAACAUGUUCUCAAUGUUCAUAAAUAUGCAAAACUUGUACUUUAUCUGCAACAAAUUGUACUUAAUGCUUUGCAAGUAAUACAUUAUCUCCCCCAAAUUGUGCUUGCAUGGACGGAUUUACAUAUGUUGGGACAGACUAUACUUAAUGCCUCCCCUGCUCAAAUAUGUGUUAAACAUGUUCAGGAACAUAAUCCACUUGUACAAAAUGUAAUCCAGGAAGAAUAAACUUCCCUUCAUGCACUUGUCCAGACAGCUAAUAUGAUGAUGGUGUAAGUAAAGCCUGCUAAAAUUGUCCUCCUUAAUGUACUAAAUGCACUAGUAAUAGUAGCUGCUCAGAGUGUAAAAGUGGUUAUGUGUUGAUAGGAAACCAAUGCUAAUAAUGCAGUUAUAAAUGCAGUACUUGCUAAAAUGCUGAUGUUAAUAAUUGUUCAGCUUGUUCUAAUAGCUUACGUAUCAAUGCACCAGGAUGCAAUUGCUAAAGUGGAUACUUUGAUACAAACACAAGCAAUCCUGUGUGUUAAUAGUGUAACAUAUAUUGCUCAACUUGUGUAAAUUCGGCAACCAACUGCUAAUCUUGCAACGGGAAUAGAAUAUUUGAUGGUGUAAGCUAGUGCAACUGUCCUCCUAACUCUCUUAACCCUAUUAAUGGUUCUGCAUUCUGUGAAACAUGUAGCAUAAGUGGAGCAACAAUAUAGUAUUCAUAGGAUUACUCAUAAAUUUAUAUUACAUUUACUUACUCUGUAUUACCAAGUAACACAAUAGCUUCUACUAUUACUACUUUUUCUGCUCAAAAUUGCCAAAGUGUGUUAGGUUAAUCUGUUGUAAAUAAUCUAGGCUAGGGUUACACUUGUGCUUUGUCUGCAGAUAGUAAAACGUUUGUUAUAAAAUUGGGAUAUGCCUCUACAGUUUCUAAUAAUGUAAUUAUUUCUUUCAACAACUUCUAGCUUAAAUCAAAUCAGCCUAGUUGCACAAGUACUUACAUUACUUCAUUUGCAAAUAAUUAAGUAAUAAAACCAAAUACUUCCUAAAUACCUAUAGCAUUAUUAUCAACAAAUACUUAGAACUAUAAUGUUUGUCAAUAAAUUUAAAUUUAUGUUUCAUCAGUUCAAAAUUCAGGAGGAAGAUCACUCUAAAAUUUUGUAUGGAACGAGGUGUCUAAUAAGGUUUAAAUUCCAAGUGCUUACGCUAAUUAGCCUAUAUUAGUAUUUUAACCAAAUACUUUAACUGCAAAUACCAAUUAUUAAUUCAUCCUAACGUACACAUCUAGUUAUGGAGUAGCUGGCUAAUCAACUAUACAAAUCAGUACUUAGGAUAAUUCUGAUAUGUUCUAUCUUCAAAUAUUGAAUGGAAUAGAUGGAUCAAGCACUUAUUAAUUCUACACAUAUCAAGGUAUUUACUUGAAGGCAACUAUUUAGUUCAAUUCUUGUGUUUCUUCAUUUGAUACGUUUACAGUACAGUAUAUUUAAUGGUAACAAUAAUUUGGUAGCUUCAAUGGAAUUGAUUUGAAAUCUAACAAGAUAGAAAACUCCAGCUUAUUUUUUAAUUAAGCUACUUUCAAUUUUGUUGUUAAUCCCUAUAUACCUGUCCCUAAAGAUAAAUACCAAUUUAAUGUUGAGGCAAAUGUCAUAUACAAUGGAAAAAACUAUCUCAUAUAAUAAACAGUGUACAUUUAAAUUAAUCAAAGUCCAUUUAUAGUCUAAAUUAUAGGAGGAGAUACAGUCAAGUAGUGGAAUUAGUAAUUUACUUUAGCUGCUUAUGUCUUCGAUCCUGAUUCGAACCAAGCAUUUAGUAAUAAUAAUUAAGUAAGUAUAUCUUGGACCUGUACAGAUUAAUAAACAGGAGCUAAUUGCUUAUGGUAAGAUGGUACAUUAUUUAAAGACUAGGCUAAUAAUUAAUUAACAGUUUAAGUACCAGAGAGAACUUUCUAAUAUUUCUAGAGAAUCUAUUUAAAUGUAGUAGUUAGAAAGGCAAAUUUGGAUGGAACAAUUUAGUAGGGAUCUUGCAAAUCUUAAAUAGUAUUUUUAGAUUAUUAACUUUAAUCAUUUUAGUUAUCAGUCCCGCCUUAAUUGAGCUAAGGUUAUAUCAGUUUUACAGAUAAGAUUUUAUUUUAAGUUACAGACACAAAUUUAAUAUCUUAAUUUUAAAAUUAAAUAGAUUCACUAGCAUUUAAAACUUCUAUUUAAUAUUAGAAUAAUUUUUAUUUCACUUAGGCACUGCUUUCUAGUUUCUAUUAAUACAUUAGUUUAAAAAAUCUAUUUUAAUUGAUUUAGUUAGAUCAAAAAGAUACGGUAAAUGUCUUAUUUGAAAUAGAUUCUCCACAGGCUUAAACAUAAUUCUAAACAAGUUAUGAAGUUUUUGUUGUUGAUUCACCUAAAAGCUGUGUGCUAAAUAUUGCAACUAAUGCUAUAUCUGUUUAAAAUUGUAUUUCAUAAUAUUAGCCUUUGCAAUAUAGAAUAUCUUUAUAUUUAGCUUAGAUGGUUUAAACCAUUACUGAUAUGGAAUAAAUUUAAAAUCAUGAGUAUAUUACUCUACAUGGUGUUCCAUUCUCUAUUUCUAAUACUUUCUCAUUUCCUUAACUUAGUAUAUCUUUCAACAUAUUACCAAGCGGAAGUACAUAGCUUGGUUAUGUUAUUCAAGUCAUGGUCUAAGAUAGCAAUGGGUCGGUUUCGAGUUAGGUGUAUAAGAUUAGUAAUUUAGUCUUCCAGUAUAAUGAUAAUGUAUCAUAGAAUCAAUAGAUUCCAGUUGAAGCAUAAAUUUCAAUUGCCACAAUUUAAUCAUAUCUUUAUAUUUAACAACUUACAACUAAUUAAAAAUACUUGAUGUCAUAAUUAAGGCUGUUCAAUGAUGAAGCUAUGAUUCACUUCAAUUUGUACUAAUCCAAAAAUUUAGAAUAUUAAUAUAAGCAGUAAAGCUCAAGAAGGGUAUUAUUAUCUGAGAAAGAAAGGUUUUUAGUUUAAUCAACUAUUGAUUAAUAAAUUAUCCAAAAUAUAAUUGGUAAUAUUACCACAUAUACAAUUCCUUAAAUUUUCAAAUAUGAAGUAAUUUGGUCGAGUUAUAAGAAGUUUAGGAUCUAUCACACCCAAGAAAGACUGCUUUUUUCAACUUUCAGAUUAAUAGAAUCGCUGAUACUUACAUCAAGCUAAGGAGAUGUUACUUAAAUGUUAUAUAAUACCUUAAUUUCUUUAUGUCAAUAAGCUUUAGUUCUAACUUAAAUAAAUAAUCAGCCUUUGGUUUAUUAGGGAACUACCUUAGCUAUAAAUUUAGCACAGUAUACUAGUUAAAAGCUAACUACUUAACUUUAAAUAAUACCUUAUAAUCCAUCUUAGAGUAUAGCUUAGCCUUACAAAGUUAUUUAAAUAUCAUAAUAUUCAUCAACCAUGUUUACAAACUUAAAUAGUUUCCCUGAAGGAAUAUAAAGAUCGCCUAUUAUAACCAAUUUUAUUAGACAAUCUAAUAGUAAUAUAAUUUUGAAUGGUGUUUAUCCUGUCUAUUUAAAAGCAUCUCUUGGUAAAUAUUUCAACUCAGAUUUAUUCGUUUGCAUUAGUUACAGGACAGGUAGCUAAAAUAAUAAUAUGGCUUAUCCUCAAUAAGGUUAAUGGACUUCCUAAGACUGCACAACUGUUAUGCAACCUAAUACAAUUGAUGUUAUUUGUUAUUGCAAGACUUUGGAUCCCGUAGUUCUGCUAGAAGAUACUCACAAUAUUUUUAUAAACCCUUCUAAUACUGAUUUGCAUUCAUUCAGAGAUAUAUUUAGCUAUCCUAUUCUAAUACUUUUAAUUUCAUAGCUUAUAGUUUUCAUUAUUCUAUCUAUUUAUGGUGUAAUGAAUGAUGAAGUAGAUCUUGUAAAAGUUAAUUAAACUGUCGUCCCUUAUUCAUUAGUUGUUCCAAAUGGAGCAAACCAAAAAAAACUUGAAUAAAUGUAAAAAUAUGAAAAAGAGCUUUAAGAAAAGGAAAAAGAUAUUGCUGCUCAAAAGGAAUAGAUAGCUAAGGAUUUAAACUAGCUUAAAUAAAAUAUUGAUUAUAUGAAGCAAGUGCAUGACAAGAAAGUUUAAGAAUAGUAAUAAUAAAUUAUUGCUCUUCAAUAAGAAUAGAAUUUAAAACUAGAAAACUAAUAACGUGCUUAUGAAGCAAGGAUAAAAGAGCUUCAACAAAAUUACUAAAACAAUUACAGUUUAGAUAAAAGUGGAAAUUAGGAAAAUAUUGAUUAAUUGCAGAAGAGCUUCUAAAAAUAACUUAAAGAACAACAUGAACAAUUCAGUUAGUAGAAGCAGUAAUUAAUUAGUAAAUAAAAAGAGGAAAUUAAAUAGAUCGAAGAAGAAGAAAAAGAUUUAAAACUCAAAAUAGAAAAAUAAGAAAAGGAAAUGUAAGCCAUCAUUGCGUAACUUAACCCAGAAGAGGAGAAAAAUAUACCAAAAAAUCCUAUUUAAAGAGUAGUUUGGCUAAUGUAAAAACAAAAAUCGAAGUAAGAUGUAGUAAUUGAUAAUCCGAAAAGUGAAAAAUAAACUACACCUUAAAUCACUAAUGAUAAUUUUAUAGAAGACAUAUCCCCUCUUAACGUUUAAGCCAAUAAAAACGGAAAUGAAAAACCAGCUAUUUCUAUCUUUGAAGUUGAAAAAAUGAAAUUGAUAGAAAAUAAACCUGAAGAAAGAAAAUAUUCAAACAAGGAUAUUAUAUCUUUAAUACAGAUAGAAGAUAUAGAGUAAAGAAAUCUAUUUGAAUAAAAAGAACAGUAACCUCCUGUACCAAUUCAAUCAAAUUAAAUUAAAAUUCCAUAGUAAAAUAUUGUACUAAGUUAGAUAUAGAAAGACUUAAAUCAAGAAAAUAAAUAAGAUGCUAUUCCCUUAAGCUUAAAUUACAAUAUUGUUAUCACACUUAAAGUGAUUUUGAAAGCAUUCGUAUAUAUACAUGAAUUCUUCUCUGCCUUAAUCACUUUUGAAAAUCAAAUAUCAAGACCUAUCCGAUUCAGUUUGAUAUUUUUGAAAUACAUUUUAAUGGCAGAAUUAUUAGGCUUAGUUCAAAAUAGCAGUUAAUAUAGUUUAGAUCUUAUAUUCAGCAUUCCUUUGGUAUUUGUUGUAUCAAUUAUUUCUAAUAUUGGGAUAUUCUUUUUCAAAGUAUUAAUUAGAUCUUAAGGUUUCAAGAAAUGUGUUGGCUUAAUUUUACUCUCUCUUUCUUUGAUUGUUGUAGUAUCGCUUCUUGUUUUACAAUUCUUAAAUGUAAAGUCACCUGCAAAUAAAUGGUGGUAUGCUUAUCUCUAUUCAUUAGGAAUAGAUUUUAUCUUAGUUGAAUAUGCUAUCAUUCUCCUAAAAGUAAGCAUAUUCACAAGUCUUUAUCGUAAAAAAUAGUUCCAUAAUAACUUUGACAUUCAUAUGUGGUUACUCGUAUCUACAAAUGACUUAACCAAUUUUUUAUUAAAAAAUCAUUGA